AUGUUUGGUGGUCUCAUUCCUUCAACUCUAGGAAACCUCUCAUCCUUAUAUUACUUAUCUAUUGGCUCUAAUAAUUUCUCUGGAUCAAUUCCACAUAGUUUAAAGAACUUGUCAGAAUUACAUUACAUUAACCUUUGGAGUAAUAGGCUAUCUGGUGAAGUUCUAGGACACCUCUCUGAUUGGAGACAAUUGGAAAUCAUGAACUUGGGAGAAAAUGAAUUUUCUGCAACAAUACCAAUCAAUUUAUCACAAAAAUUAGAAGUUGUCAUAUUGAGAGCUAACCAAUUAGAAGGAACUAUUCCAACACAAUUAUUCAAUCUUCCUUACUUGUUUCAUUUGGACCUUGCACAAAACAAACUUUCAGGAUCUAUACCAGAGCGAACUAUUGACCUUUCAGCCAAUAGCUUGUCUGGAAAAGUGCCAUUGGAAUUGUUUCGGCUUGUUCAAGUUCAAACAUUAAACUUAUCUCACAACAAUUUUGUGGGAACAAUACCGAAAACGAUUGGAGGCAUGAAAAAUAUGGAAUCUCUCGACCUCUCUAAUAACAAGUUUUUUGGUGAAAUUCCUCAUGGUAUGUCUCUCUUGACCUUUUUGAGUUAUUUGAAUUUAUCAUAUAAUAAUUUUGAUGGAAAAAUCCCGGUCGGUACACAACUUCAAAGUUUUAAUGCAUCGAGCUACAUUGGCAAUCUUAAAUUAUGUGGAUCUCCUCUUAAUAAUUGUUCCACGGAAGAAGAAAAUCCUAAAAAUGCAGAGAAUGAGGAUGAUGAAUCUCUAAAAGAAUCAUUGUACCUUGGUAUGGGAGUGGGAUUUGCAGUAGGUUUCUGGGGGAUUUGUGGUUCUUUGUUUCUUAUUCGAAAAUGGAGGCAUGCAUACUUUCGGUUUAUAUAUGGAGUGGGUAACAGGCUCUAUGUAACUUUGAAGGUGAUUAUGUAUGUGGAAGAUCCUAUACUGCUAUGGAAAUCGUUGAUAUAA